AUGACUGGCUACGACAUGAACACCCCUGGCGCGGGUCAGCCCGCCGACUCUGGUGAAGCGUCGCAAAGGGCGAGGAGGGCGAGAACCAGCAAGCCGAAAGUCAAAACUGGUUGUAACAAUUGCAAACAACGCAGAAUCAAGUGCGACGAGCAACGGCCGGCCUGUACUCAAUGCGUUCGAUCCAAGAAGGAGUGCAAGGGAUACCCUCCACCUCCACGAGCUAGGAUCUUCGAAGAAGUCAGGAUUGCACCCCGACCGAUCACGGUCGUGGGCUUGGCUUCGGCGGCAGCUGCACCGGCAAAAAUUGCACCAAGAGCUCGAUCAAAUAUAACUAUAUCUACGCGGAAGCUUGCACAACCACAACCUCAACGAAUCACACCACCCCUCACUCCCACCAAUCCCGCGGAGAAUGUCUUCUCAACCUUGACAAUUCAUCGUCUUAGUGUCAACCUACCUUUUAACCCCCAAGAUGGCCUGUAUUUCCAGCUGUUCCGAGAACGCACAGCAGGCGAGCUAUCCGGCUUCUUCGACUCGUCGUUUUGGAACCGCAGUGUGCUGCAAGAAUGCCAUACGGAGGAGGCUAUUCGGCACUCUGUCGUGGCACUAGGGGCACUUUAUAAGACUCUGGAGAAAAUGACAGAGUCGCCGCCUGGCUCACCAUCAGACAAUUUUGACCCAGCUGAUCAUGCAAGAGCCCACUGGGAAGUAGCUUUCCGCAAUUACGACUCGGCAAUGAAAGCUAUCCGGAGUCAAAUGUCAUCUGAUCAGUCGACACAGAGGACAAGUCUUAUGGCUACAGUCCUGCUGGCCUGUUUUGAUUCUUUUAUCGGCGACCACAAACAGGCCAUAGUUCAAAUUCAAACAGGUUUGAAAUUGUUAGAACAGCUGAGGUCUGAGCGCCGCAGAGCUUUCAUGCCGAGACCUGAAGAACCGGUUGAGCAGGAUCUCAUCCAAAUGUUUACGCGCCUAGCGAUUCAAGCCAAGUCUUACGAUAUGGCAUUUCACUUUCCGCAGCCCUUCGUAAUCCGACUCACGCCUCAAAAUACCGACCCGACAUCACCGUCGUCCGAGGGUGGCUCCCCUGUCUCGACGAUCCAAUCGCCAAUCCCUGAACGAUUCUCAUCACUUCUUGAUGCUCGACUUGCUUGGGAUUCUCUUUGUGAGAAGAUGCUACGUUUCACUGAAACCAUGUUUCAGUACACCAGCAGCACGAGCCCGAUGGGCGUUCUGCCUCGAGAGCUCCAACAGUAUGGGCUGGGCUUCAAGACCGAGAUAGAAUCGUGGUCUCAUGCAUUCGAGCAUAUUUUGAAUUCCAGGAAUGCACCAGGAAAGAGCAGCCAAGAGAAGGCAGCCAUUUCUGUCCUCAAGAUGUUCCAGAUAAUGGGCCAGAUCCUAUUUUUGAUGACUUUCAGUCAAAGCGAAGCUCAGUUCGACUCGUUCCUUCCUCACUUCAGAGCCAUUGUCAAGCUCGCAGUUGAGGUUGUAGGAGACGAAGAGAGAGAGGCAAUGGCCAAGAGAUGUCCCAAUCCACAGUUUUGUCAGCAUCAAUCUGGGCAUCCUGAUAUUAUUGGCGGAGGAGAGUGGUCUGCAAAGCACAUUAAGCCCAGUUUUAGUGCCGACUUGGGCAUUGUGCCCCCUCUAUUUGUCGUAGCAACAAAAUGCAGGGAGCCCACGGUUCGACGACAAGCGAUACAACUUCUUAUGAGCAGCUCCCGCCGAGAGGGGAUGUGGGACAGCGAGCUCAUUGCGCGGAUCGGCAUGUGGAUCAUGGCUAUUGAAGAGGAAGAAUUGGGCCCCGCCUAUUCUGCAGAGAGCCCUGGUGCAAGAUCAAAUGGCUCCAUCGAGUUUGAGAACGAUAGGCCGCUAGGUCCAGGAGGUAAUGCUCGCUGGAGCGUCAGCAGUCGGAGGCAAAGUACUGCAACUAGUGGUGCUUUUCUCCGGACUAAGAGCAUACCAGAAGAAAAGCGAGUCAUGGUCCGAGCCGUUGAGUUUGAUCUUCGUGAGCGUACUGCGACCCUCAAGUGCGGCUCAAGAGAUCUCACCCCAGGGAUGCAUGAUAUGAAAACUCGUGUCACUCAGUUCGCUUGGUGA